AUGGCACAGCAUGAGCCCAAUCCAGUUGAGCCUAGGAACGAGAUUCUUGAGGCCCUUCGACAGCUGUUGGAUGAACGCAAGCAGAAACGUUCACCUGGCAGUGACACCGCUUCUUGGAACAGCCGUCAAGGCCCAGAGAAGCAUGUGAAGUGGCGUGGCGGCGCUGCACCAGUUCCGCCACAGUGGAAGCCCCAGCAGAACGAUCUUCGUGCAUUCGCUCGUUGGGAACGCCGCAUCGAGAUUUGGCGUUUGCAGGUCUGUGCAUACAUGCCACCACAGGAUGCUGCAUUGAUGUUGUUGACAUCCCUCACGGGGGAAGCAGAGUUGGAGGUCGAACACCUCGACCUGAAGCGUGUUCAUGAUCGCAAUGGUGUGCAGUACAUUUUGGACACCCUCCGGGAGCCGUUGCAACAAAAGCAGUUGUUUCAGAAACGUACAUUGUUGGAUUCAUUUGAGAAGCUGUCCAGGUUUCCCAAUGAGAGCCUCCGGCAGUACAUCAACAGGUAUCGCCGAGUGGAGAAAGACCUUGAGGCGAUCGGCAUCUCGAGCUCCAACAUGUACGACAGCGAAAGCAAGGGCAACAGGCUCUUAGAGCGUGCCCGAUUGGCGCCAGAGCUCCAACGGUUGGUCAUGAUUGCAGCUGGCAAUAGCCUGGAGUACGAGCGGAUUCAAGAGGCACUCGCCCUACAGUUUCCGGACUUCAAACCGCCACCAGCUGUUUUCCAAAAGGAGCGUGAUCAUGUGACACGAACACCGUCGCAUGGCAAAGGUUCGUACAGUUCGAAUGCUUCGACAUCCGCCUCUUCAUCAUGGUCCUCAUCCAGUUCAAGGCCUUCAUCCAAAGGUUUUGGCAAGUCGCAAUAUCCCAAACGGGCAUUUGUUGCAGAACAGGUUGACGACCUUGGUGACAUUCCGGAACAACCGGAAGAUGAGCAGCUGGACAUUGAAGCAGAUGAUAAUGGUUUUUAUGAAGUUGAAGAAGAGUUCACAGAGGCUGUCGAUAACGACAUUGCAGAGGAAGCACCGGAAUCCGAGAUACAGGAUACAGUUGCACAGCUGGCAGAUGUUCUGACGGUGACCUCGAAGAAGUUGCAGAGCACCGUUUUGGGCAGAAAGUUCACUGGCCGACCUCGAACAAUCGAAGAGAGAAAACGAACUUCGACAUGCAGUGCUUGUGGCAAGUUAGGCCACUGGCAUGGAGACCCUAGCUGCCCGCAGAGCGGAUCGGCUUCACAAGGCCAUGACUCCAAAGGCCGUGGAAAGCACUCGGCUGAUGGCAAAGGAAAAGGUCAGCGCAGCAAUUCCAAUAGCAGUACACAGUAUGCAAAGCAGGCAUUUAUGGUGCGUUUCCCGGACAUCGAUGACCAAGAGAAGACCUCUGAGAACACCUCCUUCUUUAGCUAUACCACCUUCCUUUUGGACGACCACGUAUGUUCUACCUACAUGACUGAGCUGAUCGAUUUUUCGGGGACAAUGAUUUUGGACACAGCCUGCCAGAGAGCCUGUUGUGGACGUGUUUGGUUGGACCUCCACACCAAGAUCCUCGAUACCCAUCGACUAUCGGUCAAGCACAUUGAAACUGCCGACAUGUUCCAGUUCGGCUCAGGUGGACCAAAGCGCAGCACACAGAGGACCUACUUCCCGGCAUCCCUUGCAGGCCAGGAAGCUCAGGGACUUUUGUUGGGAGUGAACGUGUUGGAUGCAGAUGUCCCUUUCCUUGCAAGCAACACCAUGCUUCAGAAGUUGGGUUGCAUCAUUGACACGUCACAGAGUUUAGUUUCAUUUGCUGUGCUUGGUGUGACUUUGCCGCUUGAGUUUAAACAUGGGCAUUGGGCAGUGAACAUUUGUUGUUUUCCACCUCGUGUUCAUCAGCAUGCAUGUUGGAAAGAGUUGAGCAAGGAUUCAUUUUGGCUUGCACCGGAUCCGGAAGUCAUUUUGUCGGAAGCCUUUUUGGAGCGAGAUCGGACUCGCGCUCAAUUCGAUCCUCCUGUCGUGAUGAUGAUCGAGUUCAGAGCCUUGGCAGCGAUGUCCCGGCUUGUGAGGUUUGGUUUGAGACCACGCCAAUGGAUGACGGCGUGGGAACUGGAAGAGACCAAGAAGGAUCAGUUGAAGGACGUGGCACAGUCCUCGAAGACGACUCCAGCACAUCCCAUGUCGACUUGCACACACCCGGAGUUCAGAAGGUAUGGCAAUCGGAGCGGAAGCUACGCUCAGUGCAAGCGAUGCCUGGCAAAGUUCCAAUGGAACCCAGACGAUCAAGGAUGGCUUCAGCUGGGUGGUCAGUCCUCUUCGCGAUCUACACCCUUGCCGCUUCCUUCUUCGGACAACAUUCUCUGUCCGGUGACCGGCUUGGACGCGAUUCAGUACAAGCAGACAGCUUUGGCGAAAGCUGGACCCAAGCCCAAGGCCAAGAGAUCUCCGACCUCAUCGAGCACCUCACGACCGACCAAGGGCCAUGGCAAGAGCAAGGGCAAAGUGCCCAUCAUCCACCUUCCAGAGCAGGACGACCAAUCGGCAUGGACUCCCGAGGAGUGGGAGACCCAUUGGGAAGAGAUUCGAACAACCUACCAGCCGCACGACAUCAUGAUGCCAGAUUCGGACCAUCCGGAUCAGUUCCCAGACGACCUCGAAGAUGGAGACCAUUGGGAGGUCAAGCAGGGCAUGUGCAUCCGGCACCACUUGGUUCCAAGAUGCAGCUACUUCGACCUACAACACUGCGAAUGCCCUGUACCCCUUCGUCGGUUGAACCCACAAUGCACGGCAGAGAUGGAGUUUCUAGACGGCUCCUAUGGCACCUUCACCUAUGAAUGGCAGUGCUCGCAAGCUCCUGUGCGAUCUCAGUGGACAGGUCGCACCAUUUUCUUUAUCCACAACCAGUUCAACCAAGACAAGAACAGCCUGGCACCUUUGAAGAGCAGGCGCAAGCUUCUUGAUGGAGUCCGCAGAGCACUGCGAGUCUAUGAGAUUGAGUACACCGCCAUGAAUGAGUUGGCAGAGAAGCGGCCCGUGUCUCAGGUUGACAUCUUCGAAAUCCUGAACACCAACUAUGAACUGCUCGAGACCUUCGCAGGGCAGGCAAACAUCACACGCAGGGCCAAGAGCUUUGGUUUGAAAGCCAUUGAGCCGGUGGAUUACAACACUGGCUUUGAUUUGAGUCAGGUCACUGACCAAGAGCGUGUGAGUUCCAUGAUCGACCGCUUCAAGCCCCUCAUCCUCAUUCAAGGGGUGGACUGUAGAGAUUGGACCCUCCUCCAGGACAAUGUGAACUACCUACAUCGACAAAUUCAAUUGCAGAGACGGCGAAGAAAGGCCAGGAAGAUCCUCAGGCAAGUUGCUGAUUGGUGCAUUCAGCAAUCCAAGCACGGCCGUUACUGGCUCAUUGAGAAUCCAUUGACCAGCCGUCUGUGGCAAGAACCUUCUGUACAACAACUUCGUGACCUACCUGGCACCGAAGAGGCAAUCUGCCAUGCAGGCGCUUAUGGCGCCACCAACUCCAGAGGAGAACCGAUUCGCAAAGCACACCGCUUCCUUGGAAACUGCCCACCAGUUCUUCGUCGACUUCAACGACGGUUGACCGCUGAGGAGCAGAAACAAUGUGUUUCCCUGGAAGGUCGUGAUACGACCCUGAGUGCAGUGUAUCCUCCUGAUAUGGUCAAGGCCAUACUGCUUGGAGUCCGUGAGUUGGCCCAACAAGAUGAUCGGCAUCGUUUCCAGCAACUUGGCCAUAGACAGGUUCCUUUUCAAGUCAGAGUGGUCCACUUCACGAAUGCAGUUGCGAGUUGGCUGCCAGCUUUCGAGAUGGCUGACGACACCUUCCACAAGGUCAGCAACCGGAACUUCCUGGUUCCUCACUCACAUCCACUUUGGAACAAAGUGAGCGAGUUGGUCGGUUGGCCACGAAUGGAACGCAUUCAGCUGACGGUGCAACCUGUCAUCCAUCGACUACCAGUCCAUGUGCCGUACACUCAUCGCGGCUGGGCAUUGCGAUUUUCAGAUGGCACCUAUGACAUCAGCUAUGAAGACUUGAGUGAUGUCCACCAUCCUCGUGGCCGCUUUCCAAAGCCAGUCCAAGUGGGAAUCUUUUUCUAUGGAUAUGGUGAUCCUGAAGAAGACGACAUCGAAGCACCAGCAUCCAUGGGUGAUGCUGAACCAGCACCGCCUGACCAGCGACCUCAUGAAGUCCAACCGCAACCUUAUGAAGUACAACCGUUGACAGAAGAUGACCCAAGAAGACAAAUCCAGCUAUCACCACCGCACGGCAUACACUUCAAGCCCGGCACCAAGAUCUCACAAGAGAUGAAGCACAUGCUUUCAAGAGUGCACCGCAACAUGGGACACCCCAGUGCCGGCGAGUUGAAGAACAUGCUGUCUAUGUCGGGCGCUCGUGACCCGGCUUUGUUUGCCGCCAUCGAUGGCAUGACCUGCGACACUUGCGAGAGGACUCGCAUGCCACCUCGACCUCCUCUAGCACAUCCACCUCGCGAUGGCUUUCAGCAGUUUGGAGAUUCAUUGCAGAUCGACAUUGUCUACUGUCGUGACACCGGCGGAGCAAACUACCCCAUCCUUGGGGUGAUCUGUGAAACCACACACCUUCACACUGCCACAGUCUUGGAGAGCCGAGCACCAGAAGAGACCUUCCGCAAGUUCAUGCUUUGUUGGGGCAGACCUUAUGGACUACCUCUCACAAUCCGCACCGACCCAGAUGGGGCCUUCAGAGGCCGAGACACAGGACAGUUCGAGGCAGAGCUCUCAGCCUUGGGCGUCUACAUCGACUAUUGUCCACCAGAGGCUCAUCACCGCCUCGGACUCAUCGAACGACACAACAGCACCAUGCGCUACAUCAUGGAGAAGUUGGUGAACCAGAACGGAGUCACUGGCCCUGAUGGCAUGGAGAGAACUUGCGGUGCCGCAACCUAUGCCAAGAACUCUUGCACUUGGAGUUCAGGACGGCCGCCUUUCGUUGCCGCCCUUGGGCGCAUGCCCAGAGUUGGACUGGACUUGCUGUCCAACCCCCGUGGUUUGAUCAUGGGCAGCACUCAAUCAGAAGUCCAACGACACUCGGACUAUCUCCGCAUUGAAGCACAACAACACCUUGCUGCCAUGACAGUUGAUGCUUCUUUGAGACGAGCUCUUCUGAGGAGAACACCACCUCAGGCAGAGUUGGAAGCACCGGUUGGCUCCAUUGUGGCAUACUGGCGAUGGAUCGCUCGUUCUGGGCGGAAGCGUGGCGGGUACAGACUCGCUCGACUUUUGGGACGAGAUCCCGACCAGAAGUCCUUCUGGAUCCAAUCCGGAACAAACACCAUCAAGGUGGCUCAACACCAGAUCCGAGCAGCUCAUGGCUAUGAGCAGUGGAUCCCAGAUGCCGCCGACAUACAAGCACUUCGACAAGCAUCAGCAAACCUUCAGCAAGGCAUCCUACAGGAUGAAGAGAUUGCACAAGCACCACCAGAUACCGAACAGCAGAUCACGGAAGAUCCCUACAUGAACAUCGAAGCCGAGCCAGACACACCAAUGCUCCUGCCCACGCUUACACAGCAGCAUCCGGCAGCAGCAGACACAGAAGCACGACGACAUGAGCAGGUUCAGACCGAACCUCAGGCAUUACACAUACCAGUACAAGAACCGGCAGUGGAGCAACACCUCCACAUGAACAUCAGCUCACCGAGCUACAAGCAGACGAACAUAUACCAACAGCAGACCUUUGGCUUUGGACCAGAAGAGGCAUCCAGAGCACCAGUGCGCACACCCGUGCGACAACCGUACAGAGCACGUGACACUUCACAAGUCAUCGACCUGACACCCGAUGACGAAACAGCAGAGGCAAAAGCACUUGCACGGAUGAUUCCCAGAACACCUGAGGAGUUGUCUGGACAAACGACACCGACACUUGCGGAACUUGAGCAUCGGCACACACCGGCAAAGCGAAGCAUAGCAGAAACAUCACCAGAGGCACUCUUGGAGAGCAGCUCCAAGGGACAAGCAACAGGCAGUGCACCACACACAGUGGCAUUGACACACAACCACCUGAUUUACAACACAGCAGAUGGCAUCCACACGCAAGAGGAUGGCUUCGACGGCACGGAGACCAUCAAGAUGCCACACAAUGCACACACCUGCCUGAAUGCUUACCGGCGCUCACCUGACUACGCCGGCAACGGCGACAGUGAAGAGUCAGAAGACGGUGGUCCUGACCUUCGUGGCCUCAAGCCAUCCGGCAGCCCACCGCUGUCAAGGAUUGAGCAGAAAGCCCUGGACAAGGAACUUCCUUGGCAAUUCAUCAUGCAGCAAUCCGAAGAGUACAUCCAGGCCUUCGUGAAGUCAGCUCAAGAUGAAGAAGCUUCCUGGAACCAGUGGGAAAGCGUGAGGCCAUUGUCAGAGAAGGAGGCUGAGCAUGUGUACUCCACGCCACACCUUCGAAAAAGGAUUCUCAAAAGCCGCUCAGCUUUUCGAGACAAGAACAAGCACAUACCGCCCUUGAAGGCGAAGACUCGUGUCGUGGCCAUCGGAUGCCUCGACCCGGACAUCUUCAGUUUGAAUCGUGAAUGUGCUACCCCCACUCGUCAAGCCGAGUUUGUUUUGCUGGCCUUUUUCAUUUGUGGCAAGAACAAGAUGCUCUUGACACAAGAGAGCACGUGGACGUUGUGGAGUGGUGAUGUGAAGACGGCAUUUCUCCAGGGACAACAAGAAGGCCGUGCAGCGCCGCUGUACCUGGCACCUCCUCGUGAUCCAAUCACGGUUCGAGCGCGAACAUUUGCUGCCCCUUUGUAUGAAGUCCGUGGCAACAUCUACGGAUUGGCAAAUGCUCCAAGGGUUUGGUCAUUGGAAGUCACCAAGCGACUUUUGAAGGCUGGAUACGUACGCCACACACUGGACCAUCAGCUCUUUUACUACUUCCAGAAGCCUCCAGGUGGUUCAGAGGAAGUGUUGAUGAGCGUCCUUAUGGUGUACGUGGACGACUUCCUCCUCGCCCAUGAUGACAGGUAUGACCGUGAGCAUGUUUUGAGUCUUUUUACCUGGGGCUCCAAGACUGAGCUCACAACAGAAGAGAGCAUUUGUUUCAAGGGCAAGCAAAUUCACUUGAAGUUCGAUCGCCAGAAGAAUGUGUACUUUUUGAGUCUGGUGCAGACAGCUUUCAUCGAGAGCAUGCGUGGCCCUCAGACGAAGAUCCCGAAGAGCAAGUUCGACCAGGAACUGGCCACUGAGGACCUCUCUGAGAUGCGCUCAGUCGCUGGAAGUUUGCAGUGGGUCUCAGGCCAAACAAGGCCGGACGUUGCCGCCACUGUUUCUUUGAGCUCCCGUGGUCAGAAGACCAAGUACAGUGACUUGGCGGCCAUGUUUGAAGCUGUCGCUCACCUCCAGAGUACAAAGCAUUUAGGCUUGAACUUGUUCCCAGUGGUUUUGAAUGAGACCACCCACUUGCUGACCCUUUCGGAUUCGAGCUGGGCAAACGCCGAAUCCUUUGCUUCGCAGCACGGCUGCCUGACUUUGUUGGCAGAGCCAUCGAUCGUCGAGAGAACCGGGACUGCACUCCUCCUCGACUUUAAGUCGUCCCGGAGUCCUCGCAUCUGCCGUAGCACUUUGGCAGCCGAGGCAUCGGCAGCUGACAUGUCU